GCCAAAUGAACACUGAACUUUGAAGCUGGCGCGAAACGAGAUCUGCCACUUUUUUGUUUUGAUGUCGUUUUUGUGAUAAUUCUUUGCUUUUCUGGUGUUUUCUGAUGGCAUUUCUCUUAAAGUUAUAAGUUAUGAGAAAAAAGUGUUCGUUUCAAGUUUUAUCCUUGCAUCCAGUCAGAUUUUGUGUUAUUUCACAUAGCCAUGGGAAUCACCGGGUUGAUUCCGUUCCUGGAAAAGGCAUCCAAUCAAGUUCACCUGCGAGACCUCCGUGGUCAGUGUGUAGCGAUCGAUAGCUACUGUUGGCUCCACAAGGGGGCCUUUGCCUGUGCGGACAAGCUCGCUCGUGUGGAGCCGACCGACAUCCACAUCCAGUACUGUCUGAAAUACGUCAAUCUACUGCUUUCAUACGAUAUAAAACCGAUUUUGGUGUUCGACGGACGGCACCUUCCGGCGAAAGCUGCUACCGAAGCCAAGCGCCGGGAAGGUAGGGACAACUCGAAAAAACGAGCAGCCGAACUGCUGCGGGAUGGUAAAGUUGAUGAAGCUAGAAGUUUUCUGCGUCGCUGUGUGGACAUCACCCACGAGAUGGCUUUACAACUUAUUCAAGAGUGCCGGAAGCGAAACGUGGACUGUGUGGUGGCCCCACAUGAGGCUGAUGCACAGCUAGCUUUCCUCAACAAAAAGGGCAUCGCACAGGCUGUGGUAACAGAAGAUUCCGAUCUGAUGCUUUUCGGGUGUAGUAAGGUACUGUUUAAACUUGACCUGAACGGACAAGGGCUGAUGAUAGAAGCCGAUAAGCUGUACUUGGCAAUGGGAUGCAAAGAGGAGAAAUAUUCGUUUGAUAAGUUUCGUUACAUGUGCAUUUUGUCCGGGUGCGAUUACAUGGAUUCUCUUCCAGGCAUUGGACUGGCGAAAGCGCGAAAAUUUGUUCUCAUGACGGAAGAAACGGAUGUACAAAGAGCGCUAGCCAAGAUACCCGCUUACCUUAACAUGCGGCAUUUGGUGGUAUCGGAAGAAUAUAUAAGAGACUUCCUGAAGGCAGAUGCCACUUUCAAACACAUGGUGGUAUAUGAUCCGACCGAGAGAGUGCAGACAAGACUGAAUGACCCGGAAGAAACGGGAACCGAUCCUGAACUGUGUUGCAACGCCGGUACUUUUCUAGAUGAAGAAACUGCCUUCCAACUUGCGUUGGGCAAUCUUGACCCAUUCCGUUUGAAAAAGUUAGACAAUUGGCACCCAGAUCGCGAAGAGUGCCAACCGACGGGAGGACAAACGACGGGUUGGAAACAAUCAUCGAUCGCAAAGCAUCACAGCAUCUGGAAACCCAACUAUCAGCGACGAAAACCGAGUUUGGUGGACGUUCGGAAAGAGCCUCUAAUAUUGAAUAGUUUCAAAGCAGCGGAGACGAAAGCGAAGCGACCUGUUCCGAAUGAGGACUUUGAGAACGCUGAAAAGAGUGAAACUAUUGACGAUAUUCUUGAUGCGUACGGAAUUAAACCUAAAACUGAGCCUCCUUCAAAGAAACUUUGCUUGACGAUGGCGUCCUCUUCAACGUCGAUUAGUUUGCAGAGCAUAGAAAGUAGUCCUACCAAAACACAGUUCCGACGUAAUCCAUUCCAGGUUGCCUCAACUGGCCCUUCUUCUAGCCAGAGACGAUCGGAAGUUUUAUCGCCGACAAAACUCACCAUAGAGAAUAGUUCUCUGCUGCGAAAUGUCAGUCCGGUGAAAAAAAUCGAUUUUCAAACUCAACCAACUAAAAUUGAUAAGUUAAGUCGGUUUAAGCGAGCAACUACGAUAUGUACGGAUGAUGGACAAAAGGUGAUAAGCCGGUUUUUCACGGCCUCGAUUACUUCCGUUAAAACAAUUGAACAAACAAUCACUUCGGAAACUGGCGGGGAAGGCGAAAAGGUCGAUCCGACAAGCCUAUACCUGCUUUCACCAGAAGCUAAAUUGAGAUCCCGUGGUGAAACAACUCCUAAAAAACAGAAACUUUCUCCAGAUUUGGCGGACGAACUUUACUCACCAGAUCCCCCCACUAAACGUAUUGAUCAUUGCAUUGAACCACUGGACAAUGGAUUCGCUGAGAACCCAGAACAGAGCUUGGGCUCUUCACAAAAAGAGAACGAAAGUACAGAACAGGGGGAAGUGCUGGUACAGCCGAAAUCUCGAUUGCAGCUGUUUGUUAAGAAGGAACCACACCGGUUGUCGGAGAAUUUCGCUAAUAACUCAGCGCUGGACGCGGAACAGGAUUCCAAAGACGAUGGACCGAUUGUCAUUGAUGACGAAGAGGAGAAAGGCGAGAUUGCUAAGACUGACAACAACGCCAAGGGAUCGCAACAACUGGUGCAGAAGGGAAGCAAGCCUGCCGGCAUGCGGCCAGGACUGCCCAAGGGAAAGAAAUUGAAAGACGCCGGACCGACGCAAAGUAAACUUUCCAUGUUCGGUUUCCAGAAGAAGGUACAAUUGGGCUAAAUCAUCGCAGAAGUCUGGAAUCAAACUGCCUGUAGGAAGUCUGUGUUCAUUUGUUUUCGAAAGUAAACAUCAAUAGUGACGGAAUAAAAGUUGAAUGCGUACCUUGUGAACAGCAACACUUGAUGGAAUUCUCCCUUUUCGAUGCUUGGGUAAAAGUUCUUUUCGUUCCUGUAAAGUACUCGCCACCGCCAUGCACAGCGGAAAUGUUACUUUUCCACAUGUAUUAAUCAUGUUAUUCUGCUAUAGUUAGACCGAUUUUUUUCACAGCUCAUCCUGCUGCCAUUCCACUUGGAUGCAUUCACGCAGCCUAACUGCUCAAGUAUUGCGCGGUUUUUCUUAAGAGUUAAACAAUUAACAGAUGCGUGGGCUAUAAUUAUUUGAAGAAACCAGUGAUAGAACGCUAAUAACUUUGAGUACAGCAUUGCUGAAACUGUAAUAUUUUUUGUUUUUCUUUCGAUUUGUAACUUAUUAUUGCAUCUCUUGUGUGCUUUUAUGCCUGCGAGAAUAAAUUAUAGGCUUAAAUUAAGCAAAACAGAAAAGACAACAAAAUUGAUAUGUUCCCGGACUCAUCAUCCUAUUUUCUUCUCAAAAACGUUCAAUUUUAAAUUUCAUGUGCUAAAAAUCCUCUGUAGAAAUUACAAUUGCAGAAAAAAAAGAACAUAGACUUUGUAAAAUUAACGGUUUGCAUGCUUAAAAGCUGUAUACAUAAAAAUAAAACGAACAACAAAAAUGGAAGCCUUGAUUGAAACGUAACUAUUUAAGACUAUUGGGUAGUGAAAAAAAUUAUAAACUUUGCUCUCGAGCCGUAGCCAUCCGUAUUCCAUGCUAAUACAACAGCUGAUCCCGAUCUUCAAUUCGAUACAUUCGCUUGCAACACCGCGCUCAAUUUUGUAUAAUCCUGCUAGUUUAUUUAUACCUUUACUUUUACUUUUACCACCACCAUCGAAUGCACCAGGCACGGUCAUCCGUCUGCUAAAAGAGUACUAAUGUAUUGAAGGUGCUUUCUGCUACUAAAACACGUAAGGGAAUGAUAUUUACAUUAUUUAGCUUUGCAACGUGUCCUAUGGGUUUUUGUUUUCUUCGUGGCAGUUCCUGAGAGAGGACUAUUGCGUCGAGCAGUCGUGCGGCUUAAGGAAUGUAAACUAAAAGCAAUCGUCCAAUUCCUUGAAUUGCUCAUCGAACGAAAAGUUCGUUCUGAGGGAAAAUAAAUUAAAUAAAGGAAAAAUUCUAAUCAUCCUCUUUCAAGAAACUGCUGCUUUUUA